GCCGUCACUGUUGCUCCCCGCUGUCCUGUGUGGAUUUACAUACCCUGAUUUCCGUGGGACUGGAAAGCUACAGGGCAGGAGGAUAUUACGGCUUUCAGGAACUGAGGAAAGAGCCGCAAACAGCGUAACUUUACGAGUGAUCAACUUUCAGUCCCUCUGUCGUGCCAUCGUGCCCGUUUACCGCCAUAUGAGUAACGUGUGUGCGACUUUUUCUGCGAUUUUCUCCGGAUAGUUUUCUUGUCUGGAUCAGGGCUGGAAGCUUUCUCGGAGAAGUCGGGAAACGACUCGAUUUCAACCCCGGUGUAAAGGGCUGUGGCCAUGGCCGGGGGUGGUGGUGGAGGUGCUGGUGGUGUCUCUCCGUUGGGGCCCGCGCCGCCGAUGUGGUAUCACCGGGACCUGAGUCGAGCUGCGGCCGAGGAGCUGCUCGCCCGGGCCGGUAGAGACGGUAGCUUCCUCGUGCGGGACAGUGAGAGUGUCAACGGAGCUUACGCUUUGUGCGUACUGUUUCAGAAGCACGUCCACACAUACAGAAUCCUCCCGGAUGAGGAAGGAUUUCUAGCUGUACAGACAUCUCAGGGCGUGCAGCCUAAGCGGUUUAAAACGUUACCAGAGUUGGUGUCAUUGUACCUGCAGCCGAGUCAGGGUCUGGUCACUACUCUUCUUUACACAGUGGACCGAGAGGAAACAGCUGUCACUGAUGACAGAGACUACUCAGAUGGGGAGGAUGAGAAGCCACCGCUCCCACCUCGCUCUGCCUCAACCUCCACUCCCCCUGGACCAGAAACACCCACAGACAGUGCUCCAGCAGCUAACGGCCUGAGCACCAUCUCUCAUGAGUACCUGAAGGGCAGCUACGCUCUGGACCUUGAGGCGGUCAAACAGGGAGCCUCCUCCCUGCCUCACCUGAACAAGACACUAGUGGCCUCCUGCAAGCGCCUUAAUGGGGAGGUGGAUAAGGUUCUGUCUGGUCUGGAGAUUCUGUCUAAAGUUUUUGAUCAACAGAGUGCCUUCAUGGUUUCCAAGAUGAUCCAGCAGUCAGUGAAUCAGGGUGGAGACCAGGAGUUGGAGAACCUUGUGACCAAACUGGCAAUUCUCAAAGACCUGCUGUCUUCCAUCGAGAAGAAGGCUUUGAAAGCUCUUCAAGACAUGAGUCUGUCUUCACCAUGCUCCCUUCCUCCUCUCUCGAUGCGUCACAGCAAAGCAAUCCCUGUGCAGGCCUUUGAGGUGAAGAUGGAUGUUUACCUGGCAGAAUUGACAAAGAUAGGAAAGAGUCAGAAAUAUACUCUGUCUGUGGACGUGGAGGGAGGACGACUGGUUGUGAUGAAGAAGGUGAAGGACAGCCAAGAGGACUGGACCACCUUCACUCAUGACAAAAUACGUCAGCUGAUCAAGUCUCAGCGGGUGCAGAAUAAACUGGGCAUUGUUUUUGAGAAGGAGAAGGACAAGAGCCAGAGGAAAGACUUCAUCUUUGCCAGUGCCAAGAAGCGGGAGGCAUUUUGCCAGCUGCUGCAGCUAAUGAAGAACAAACAUUCCAACCAGGAUGAGCCAGACAUGAUUUCCAUCUUCAUAGGCUCCUGGAAUAUGGGCUCAGUGCCUCAUCCCAAGUCUGUGUCCUCAUGGGUGUUGUGCCGCGGCCUCGGAAAGACUCCGGACGAGAUGACGGUCACCAUCCCUCAUGACCUUUAUGUGUUUGGAACUCAAGAGAACUCGGUGUGUGAUCGGGAGUGGGUGGAGUCACUACGCGCCAUGUUGAAAGAGCAGACAGAGCUGGAUUAUAAACCGAUCGCAGUGCAGACUCUGUGGAACAUUAAGAUUGCUGUGUUGGUGAAACCUGAACAUGAAAAUCGAAUUAGCCACGUGGUAAUGUCCAGCGUCAAAACAGGCAUCGCCAACACACUGGGUAACAAAGGAGCCGUAGGCGUGUCCUUCAUGUUCAAUGGGACAUCUUUUGGUUUUGUGAACUGUCACUUGACGUCAGGGAAUGAGAAGAUUGCCAGGAGAAACCAGAACUACCUUGAUAUCCUGCGGCUCCUGUCUCUUGGAGACAAACAGCUAAGCUCCUUUGACAUCUCACUGCGCUUCACACACCUAUUCUGGCUGGGAGACCUCAACUAUAGGCUGGAUAUGGACAUACAGGAGAUCUUAAACUACAUCAACCGGAAGGAGUUUGAGCCUUUGCUGAAAGUGGACCAGCUCAACCUGGAGAGGGAGAAGAACAAAGUCUUUCUACGCUUUGCGGAGGAGGAGAUCUCAUUCCCGCCCACCUACCGCUAUGAACGUGGCUCAAGGGACACAUAUGUUUGGCAGAAGCAGAAGGCCACAGGGAUGAGGACAAAUGUUCCGUCUUGGUGUGACAGGAUGCUGUGGAAAUCAUACCCAGAGACACAUGUUGUCUGUAACUCCUAUGGCUGUACAGACGAUAUCGUGACCAGUGAUCACUCGCCGAUCUUUGCUACGUUUGAGGUGGGAGUGACCUCCCAGUUUGUCUCCAAGAAAGGUCUGCCAAAGUCGUCAGAGCAGGCCUACAUUGAGUUUGAGAGCAUCGAGGCCAUAGUGAAGACGGCGAGUAGAACCAAGUUCUUCAUCGAAUUCUACUCCACAUGUCUGGAAGAGUUUAAAAAGAGCUACGAGAACGACAGUCAGAGCAGUGACAACGUGAACUUUUUGCGCGUGGGCUGGUCCAACAAGCAGCUAACAACACUCAAGCCUCUUCUGUCAGAGAUCGAGUACCUUCAGGACCAACAUCUGCUGCUAACAGUGAAAUCGGUGGACGGAUACGAAUCAUAUGGAGAGUGUGUGUUGGCUCUGAAGUCAAUGAUUGGCAGCACAGCUCAGCAGUUCCACACUUACUUGUCCCACCGUGGUGAGGAAACGGGAAAUAUCAGGGGGUCCAUGAGGGUCAGAGUCCCCUCAGAAAGGAUGGGAACCAGGGAGAGACUUUACGAGUGGAUAAGUGUGGACAAGGAUGACUUGGACAAGGGUGGACCCAAAGGGAAAUCCACUGUGGUAACCAGAGUGGGACAUGAAUAUGUCAAGCCAUCUGUGGUUCGCAAACAGUUGGGAGAGCUGGGUAAGGUCAGUGAGGAGGGAGAGAGGAUCGGCAAGGAGGAAACUGCUGCAAGACCUAAGCAAGAAGGAUCAGACGGUGAUUCGUCCAUCAGCAAGAACAGCUACAAUAAUCCGGCCUACUACAUCCUGGAAGGAGUUCCCAACCAGUCUGCAGCUGCACUCUCACCUGAGCUUCUCCCGUCUCCCACGUCCACAAACCCCCAGGCAGCUAAAGUCCCCAUUCCUUCAGCUGGAACUCGAACCAAACCCUCCUGUGUCGCCCCCCCGGGACCAUCUCACCCUCGCUCUCGACUCAUGUCGGGACAUCCAGUCCGUGCCAUUAGCGAGGAAGGCUCUUCAGAGGACGACGGCGGCACUUGUGUGGUGGGAGCACAGGGUGGAGGUGUUGGAGGAACAGUUGGGAACACACUCAAUCGACCUCCACCUGAUUUCCCCCCUCCUCCUCUUCCCAAAGGAGCCCUGGAGAUGGUCACAGAGGCUCCCUUCCCCAAACCGCGCCCUCUUUACCCAGAUUUGGCCGAGGUCAGGAUCCCAGCAGCCAGUCCUGGCGCCCCUCUAGGACUUGGGGAGGGUUUUAGAAGAGGUGUUGGAGGAGGAGGAGGAGGGGGAGGUGGAGGUAUCGGAGCAGGGUUGCUGGAUGACCAGUCAUGCUCUGUGCUCCAGAUGGCAAAGACAUUGAGUGAGAGUGAGUUUCCUGGGCAGCCUCCACGCGCUCCCUCAGCACCACCUCCUCUCAGGGUGCAACCGAUGGGUUUGGGUCUGGACGCCUGCCGCACCUUCCCACCCAGAAAUCCCAUCACGGAGAUCAUCGCAGAGGACAUGCCUGAGGAGGGACUUUGGGCCAGCAGUAGUUCGUCUUUGUCCGUAGGCGAGUCAUCAGUGGGAGAGUGGCUGCAGAGAUUGGGACUGGAGCAGUAUGAGCAGGGGCUUCUACACAAUGGCUGGGAUGACCUGGAAUUCCUCAGUGACAUCACAGAGGAGGACCUGGAGGAGGCGGGAGUGCUCGACCCCGCCCACAAACAAAUCCUGCUGGAGAGUCUUCGACAGCAGCAGCAGCAGCAGACAUAAACUUUAUCGAACUGUUCUGUGACUGGUCCAAGCCGGCCUGGUGCUGCACCAGGUCCCGAAAGGCCAAAUCUCAGCUGAUCUGAACUGACCUGAGCUGGAAUGUGCCAAUUUAAGCCAGACUGUGCCUUCUGAGAGAAAUUGCACUCAGUUUCUACUUAAAAAAACAAACAAACGCUUGUUUAAAGCACCGUCCUUUUUUUUUUUUUUCACUCGUACUGUAUGUGUGUUGUCGUCGUUGUCGCGGAGGUGGCCUUAUUUAAUGAGAAUCAUUUCAGUCCUUAAUGCAUCACUACCCAACCCUCAGCUGUACAACUAGUGAGAAGAAGUAGGAUGAGAUAAUGUUAUUGUUCAGGUCAGACAGAACUGAAGAUGCUCCUCACAUGCUGCACCAUCAGUUCUAAACCUAUACCUUCAGGCUCAACUGAAAGCUUCUUCAUUUUUUUGGUCUAGAGAAAUCUUAAACUGAGGAGUGAGAUUCUGGGAAAUUGAGAAAUGUCCCCCCUUUUCAGUUAAAAGCAUAAUUAAACCAGGGGUUGUUGCUUUUUUCAACUCGCUGCCCUUAAUUCAGACUCUUUUAACAAUACUGUGUUUUUCUCAGAGUCUCAGGUUGUUGUUUUUUCCCCUCAAGUUUGGGAAACUAUGUGGGAAUUGUUGGAGAGCACUCAGGAGAAAUGUCAACCCACAGCUGUGUGAUGGAGGUGAACAGGAAGUUGUGACAGGAGAGGAGAUGAUUUUCUACUAUUGUGGUGAAAUUUGGUCCGCUAUGACUCAAACAGUGGCUUUUAUUAUCUCUGUUUAGCUGUGUGUGUCUUUAAGGUUUUGUUUUAUUAAAAGGGAAUAUAUAAAGCAAUGCAACCAAACCAGUCCUGCUGGAGCUUCAAGCACAUAUUUCACUACACUUAAGUGAUUAAGUCAGUAAGGCAAUAACAUUACUUCUUUACUGGAGGUAAUAGAUGCUUCAACAAAAUGAGAUACUACAAAAGAUAUACAAUAUACUUGUGACACAGUCCCAUCUCUUACUCCUAUAAUUUCAACCUCAUUUGAACAGUGUUCUGGGAUUUAGGCUGACACUGAUAUCGCCAAGUAAAUUAUUAACUCUUGUUAUUUUACUAAAGAUUUCCUUAGCCAUCGUGUCUGUGAGAAACCUUUUAUUUUUCCCCUGUUGUACAUUUUUCUGACCUAGUUACAUGAUGUGUUUUGUAUGCAGGGAAGAGAAAGAAGAAGGACAAGAAGUCACUGCCUGUAAUACAUUAGAGACCGAAAAACAGGACGCUCAUGUUCUCUGAUUGGCCAGCAGGUGGUGCUACUAAACCUUCUCAGCAGACGCUGACUGGACACAGUAGGAAAAGACACAACCAAGUAGCUCUUCUCAGUUUUUUUUUCUUUUACAUGUGUUACAGUGUUCAGUCUGCCUUUAUUUGUUCUUAAUUUAAGUCCUCGCUCCUCCUCUGCCUUUUUGUCAAACUGUAAAGUUCAUUAAUGUUUUAAAAAUACCUGAUGUUGAUACCUUACCUUUCUCUAACAAGGUGAAUCACACCUAUUGCUUUUGACUCCAUUAAACCAUUCAUUUUUGGCCCAAAAUACAUUGUUUUUGGGAUAAGUAGCAGUUUCAUUCACACACACGCUCUUGAACUAUGUUCGUCUGUUAGACUCAGUUGUUUGCCUGUUACGUGUCGUGUAUUGUGCCUAAUCUUUUUAACAGCCAAACAACCAGACUUUUAGUGUUCUCAGUGAAGUGUGUGUUUGUGAGAGAGAAUGUUUGUAUUUGUGUGCAUGAGUGGAAAAACGUGGCUGUUUUUAUUUUCCAUGUCGAACUCUUGUUCCUUCAUAUAGUCUCCUUUUUUUGGUGUGUUAACUUAAUGCAGUUUGUUCUCCCAUGUAAUUUUGUUUUUGUUUUGUUUUGUUUUUCAAUUAAAAUCUAAUA